CCCGCAGGGAUUCCCACACCAACCAAUCGCGUCUGAGCCACGGGACCGCCAGGAAUAAAGAUGGCCGGAGUGGCCUCGACGAGGGCAGACUGAUCUGAACGCCAGCCAGGCACCCGGCGGGACAGCGAAGGCAGAGUGUGGCAGCGGCGCGGUCGGGAGCAUGGAGGAGGGCAGCGGCGGCGGCAGUGGUGGCAGCGACAGCACCACCGGCGGGAGUGGCGGGGCGCAUCAGAGAGAGCUGGAACGCAUGGCUGAAGUCCUGGUCACCGGGGAGCAGCUCCGGCUGAGACUCCAUGAAGAAAAGGUUAUUAAAGAUAGACGGCAUCAUCUCAAGACCUACCCAAACUGCUUUGUUGCAAAAGAACUGAUUGACUGGUUGAUUGAGCACAAGGAAGCGUCUGACAGAGAGACGGCAAUAAAACUCAUGCAGAAAUUAGCCGACCGGGGCAUCAUUCAUCACGUGUGUGACGAGCACAAGGAAUUCAAGGAUGUGAAACUCUUCUACCGCUUUAGAAAGGACGACGGUACCUUCCCACUGGACAACGAAGUGAAGGCCUUCAUGCGAGGACAGAGGCUGUAUGAAAAACUGAUGAGCCCCGAAACUACACUCCUACAGCCUAGGGAAGAGGAAGGGGUGAAGUAUGAGCGAACCUUCAUGGCGUCCGAAUUCCUGGACUGGUUGGCUCAGGAAGGUGAGGUUACAACAAGGAAAGAAGGCGAGCAGCUUUGCCAUCGACUCAUGGAGCACGGCAUCAUACAGCAUGUGUCCAACAAGCACCCGUUUGUGGACAGCAACCUCCUCUACCAGUUCAGAAUGAACUUCCGUCGGAGGCGAAGAAUGAUGGAGCUGCUCAAUGAAAAGUCCCCUUCCUCCCAGGAGACACACGACAGUCCCUUCUGCCUGAGGAAGCAGGGCCACGACAAUCGGAAAUCCACCAGCUUUGUGUCAGUCAGUCCCAGCAAAGAGAUCAAGAUCGUGUCUGCUGUGCGGAGGAGCAGCAUGAGCAGCUGUGGCAGCAGUGGCUACUUCAGCAGCAGCCCGACGCUCAGCAGCAGUCCCCCUGUGCUCUGCAACCCCAAAUCUGUACUGAAGAGGCCUGUCACUUCUGAGGAACUCUUGACUCCUGGAGCUCCAUAUGCGAGGAAGACAUUCACGAUUGUUGGCGAUGCGGUUGGCUGGGGAUUUGUGGUACGAGGAAGUAAGCCAUGCCACAUCCAGGCUGUGGACCCCAGUGGACCUGCAGCUGCAGCAGGGAUGAAGGUCUGUCAGUUCGUCGUCUCUGUCAAUGGGCUCAACGUGCUGAAUGUAGACUACCGCACCGUGAGUAACCUGAUUCUCACUGGCCCGAGGACAAUUGUCAUGGAGGUCAUGGAGGAGUUGGACUGCUGAGCAACAAGACUUCCCUCCCCUCUGAUGCCCUGUCCCAGAAUAGCACGUCAAUGACAUGACAAGACUGCCAGACAAAUGGAUAAUUGGGACAUACAGAUCUUUUCUCUGUCCAUACACACCUUGGCUUACAUGUAGUGUUUGAACCG